UUUCACACGUAAUUGGUGUACAUGAUGGAUCUAAUGGACAAAAGAGUAUUUUCAUGGAAACACCUCAUCACAUAUUGUGGCAUACAGCACAUCUAGGCUUGUCCAUCGGCGAGAAACAGGCGGUCAUUCGAGCUUACGAAACCUUGCAUGCACAUGGUAUCCUGCACAAUAACGUCGGCUCCCAUAACAUAUGCAUAGGUCAGAGACUAGCUCAGGCUCAUGCGAAACAUUCAGAAAUUCAUCAACAUGGUUCUAGAUCAAGAUAGGAACGUCACGCUGCUAAACUUUGAAAAGGCCUGCUGUUUGAAAGACAAGGGAAUAGACGAAGUCCCCGGGUGUGAUCAGGAGGCGUUAGCGCGAGAAAUGCAACAAGUCAAAUACUUGAUUUCCUACACGGAUCCGAGGGUUAUUGAAGGCGGCAUCAUCACACUAACCUCUACCGGUGAACAGCAGACUCAGGCGCUCGACUCCGACGAUUCUGUUCGCUGUCUUAAACAUGUUGAAAACACCCAUACCAUCCCGAUCGAGAUGCGCAAUCGGCCAAUUCCAAAUGACGGACGUAGAAAACCCAAGAAAAGGGUGAAAGCUGGAGCAAUCAGUCAGUGGGAAUCAGGGGGGCCUGUGCAACAUGACCUUCCUACAGCUAUGCAUGAUUUCGUUCCCGCAUAUCAGCUCCCAUUACCGAAUCCUAGUGCUGCAACGCCUUCUAUUUGUCAUGAAGAGAACACUUCUCGUACUCAGGACUGGGAUACCAAUGUGCACCUUCCGCCGUCCCAAUCUGAUGUUGAAGGCCUUCAAACUGUAUCAAGAGGCCUGUGUGAUGUCCCUGUUCACACAUCGUCAGUCUCUCCCUUUACCCCUACCCUGUUAUUGCUCCCAAGUACACCCAUUUCGGACCCCUUGGAGCGAAUUCCACGAAUACACCCCUGCCCACCAUUGUUUACCCAUCUUGAAAAUUCCACCUCUGUUCCAUAUCCCGAGCCGCCUUCACCCAAGGUGUUCUGCGACCUCACACACGAGCAACUUCGCCUCGCAAUAAAGCAACACAAUGCGGAUGUAGAUGCCAGAUUGUCAUCGCACGCUGCGAUCAACACAAACAAAAAUAACGUUGUAUUUCACCCCGACACAGAUGACAAUGGCACAUACGCUACAGGAAGCGAUCCUUUUCGCAAGCGGAAGCAGAGACGGCAACCUACCCCUUUUUUCAUGGAAGACUCUUGUUCCAUGGAGGAAGAGACUACCCUUGAUCCGGAAAAUACUAGCUCCAUUGAUGACGAGGAAGAUGAAAAGCCUGAGCCCGAGGUCGAAGUUGAUUUCGAAGAACUCCUCGAGGAAGCUCAUUUCGCCAAACUCAGAGCGCGCCGACGCAUGUCACGUUCUGCUGUGAUACCUGACAUGGUUCUCGCUAAAGCUGUGUGGCCUGGUCCAGAGGCAAAACCUCUCACUGUUUCCCAACAAAGUACUAGUACUCCAUCGUUGCCAGCAUUGUCCUCGAUCAGCGAGGAAGAGAGUCCUGGUGAUACUUCAGGAGUUCCCCCUUACACUGUGGUUUUUGUCGGAGCUAACGGUAGUCCAGACGAGGUUUGGAGACUCCCCGUACCUGCAUUCAUGUUGAUCAAGUCGUCGGUGACGAGGCAGCCGCAGGCUCAGAAACUCCGAGUAGAGCAGGUCCCUCGUCUGCGAGGACUUUCUCUACCGAAUUCUUCCUCUCCGCGGACGCUAAAUCAGGGCACGCAGAGUCGAUCCUCCAAGAAACGGGAUAUCGACUGCGUAGAAGGGAUUGAAUAUUUAGAACAGACGUCGAAGCGCGCACGCCAGGACCAGUCAACGCUUAGCUCAUGCAUGAUAUGUUAGAUUAUACCCAAGCCAGACCACUGGAUUCUUAGUACCUAGUAGGUAUUCUUUCGAUC